AUGGAAUAUACUACAGUUGAAGUUAAAUUUUCGCAAUCCGAUUUAAAAGAAGACUCCAAAAAGCUUGCUCUAGACAACUAUGCAGAAAACAACUACAGGCUUGGCUUGAUCUUUAGCGAUCCUAAACCUGAAGACCCAGAGCCAACAACGCUCCAAGAAGGUUUAUUAAAUACCCCAGAAUUUUCAGUAAAAUUAGAUGAUCUUCAGCACAUGACAAGUACCUUUUCAGAGUCAAUAAAUUCAAUUAGAAGCGGAAACUUAGAGCAUGGCUUAAAACUUGCUGAAUCGUAUGGACUUGUUGAUAUGGAAUCUCCUGACAUCACAUUUCUAAAAAAUCGUGAAAGCAUUCGAAGAAACAAAAUCGCACAGACUCCGAAUAUUCUUCCAUGGACCUCUGGAGACAGCAUCACAAUAUUCCCAUUAUAG